GUUUUCAUCAUUUGCGCCACAUUGCCGUUAACUUGGACAUUCUCUACACAGUAUUAUGGCAACACCAAACACACCGCGCUGCCAAACCACUGUUACUACGAGGAAUUGAAACUAGCGGUGCCGGUCAAUGACACCCUGUAUCCCACAGAUAUAGAAUUUCAAUGCAUAACGGUAUCUUGCCGCCAUGAUUAUGUGCUGGUGAUAAAGCAUUGUGACCGUUAUCUGCUACGACAUGGCUGCAUUGAGCAGCCACCCGAUUAUAGUCGGCCUUAUCCCGAUUGCUGCACCCAAAUUAAAUGUGCCGAUUAAUACAUGAUGAUUAUUCUAACUUCGUAUGUAUUUGUAAAGAUUAAUUAAUUAUUAAUUUAAAAUUAUGAAUUUAGUAAAUAAACAAAUCUUAAUCAUAUAUACAAACAUGUCACUGACGUAAGAAAAAAUACCCGGGCACUUAUUUGGUAAUUAUCAGAAAGUACAUAUAAGUAAUAAAAUCACUUAUAGAGCAGCUCGAGCAUCCAAAACAUUUGUGUUUGUGUUGAAAAAUACUCACCCCCUCACCCUGCCAUCCUAUAACUGCGUAGAUCCGAACCGGUUCGGCGUCGUUGUGCAAUCCUCUUCGUAAUUCAAAAUCGAACAGAACCACGCUGAUAGUUGUACUGUUUGAGCAGGCAAUAAAAAUAUUGAAUAUUAAAAAUUAGAAACAAAAACAGAAAUCAACAACAAACAUCAAAUCGUAAAGUAUUCAUAAGCGCUGACAUUGAGCCGGCAGCGCACAGUCGCUCUUUGAAUUUUGUCGCGUGAACAUAGUUUUUUCUGCCUUAGAAAUCUCCCAAAGUUGCUAUGAAGUUUGUAGGUGUUGCAUUGUUGUUGGCGUUGGCGUUAGCUGCACUGCUGGACUGCGCAGUAGCCG